AUGAAUAUAUUGAACCGGCAUCUGUUUCAGAAGGUCAAGUAUCGAUGGUUUUCAACGAUUAAUGGCCGCGACAUUCAAAUAUAUAAGAAAGCAAAAGAAUGGAUGGAAAAUCUAUCGCCCGCAACUAUCCCGCUAGAUACUUUCCAGGUAAGGUUCGAUAGGUCAAGUGGACCUGGAGGACAGAAAGUGAAUAAGACUAGCAGUAAAUGUACGAUGACGCUCCGCAACUUAAGAGACUGUCAGCUCAUCCCUUUUGAAAUCAAAAAGUUAAUUAUUGAAAAGCCGUUGCGGCACUACAAGAAAACUACCGAUUCCAUAGUUAUCCAGUCAGAUACGUUUCGGUCAAGAGAAAAGAACAAGCAAUUGUGUCUCAACAAACUAAUUGAAGAGAUCAAAAAUGUGUGCUCUUUUCCUUCAGAGACGGCACCAAGUACGUUAAAAAAUGGGAUGAAAUCAAAAGGCGUAGUAACGAAGGAAGGAUACGACAAAAGAAAUUAA